AUGGCGUGUGUGUGCGGCUUUCUUGGUGGAAGACCGUGGGGAUCCGGUUGCCAAUUGCCUAAUGGACAAUUUAUGGGCAGAGCUUUACGCAAGGAGUACCGAGUAAUGACUGAUGAUGAGCGAAAUAGAUUCCAUUCUGCAAUGAGGUUGCUCAAAGGUUCGGGAGUAUUUGACGCUUUUGCAAGGAUUCACACGCGUUCUGUCGCUGCCGGUGGAGCUCAUUCUGGACCAGCAUUUCUGCCAUGGCAUCGAGAAUUUCUUAAGAGGUCUGGUUUUGACUGCGGUUAG